GCCACUCCCACCCACGCACACGCCAGGGCAGCAAGGCGGCCAAGAAGGAGCGGGCGAGGCCGGCGGAGGCCGCGAGGCAGCAGGCCGGCGCCAUGGCGUCCAUGACGCUGGAGGACGUGAAGAACGAGACGGUGGACCUGGAGACCAUCCCGGUGCAGGAGGUGUUCGCCCACCUCAAGUGCAGCAAGCAGGGGCUGACCGGCACGGAGGCGCAGAACCGGCUCACCAUCUUCGGGCCCAACAAGCUGGAGGAGAAGACGGAGAGCAAGCUGCUCAAGUUCCUCGGCUUCAUGUGGAACCCGCUGUCGUGGGUCAUGGAGGCCGCCGCCGUCAUGGCCAUCGUGCUCGCCAACGGCGGCGGCAAGCCCCCCGACUGGCAGGACUUCGUCGGCAUCGUCACCCUGCUCUUCAUCAACUCCACCAUCAGCUUCAUCGAGGAGAACAACGCCGGGAACGCCGCCGCCGCCCUCAUGGCCGGGCUGGCGCCCAAGACCAAGUGCUUGAGGGACGGCAAGUGGAGCGAGAUGGACGCCUCCUUCCUCGUCCCCGGCGACGUCAUCAGCAUCAAGCUCGGGGACAUCAUCCCCGCCGACGCCCGGCUGCUCGAGGGCGACCCGCUCAAGGUCGACCAGGCCGCGCUCACCGGGGAGUCCAUGGCCGUGAACAAGCACGCCGGCCAGGGCGUCUUCUCCGGGUCCACGGUGAAGCAGGGCGAGAUCGAGGCCGUCGUCAUCGCCACCGGCGUGCACACCUUCUUCGGCAAGGCGGCGCACCUCGUCGACAGCACCAACAACGUCGGCCACUUCCAGCAGGUGCUCACCGCCAUCGGCAACUUCUGCAUCAUCUCCAUCGCCGCCGGGAUGCUGGUGGAGGUGGUGGUCAUGUACCCGAUCCAGCACCGCGCCUACCGCGACGGCAUCGACAACCUGCUCGUGCUCCUCAUCGGCGGCAUCCCCAUCGCCAUGCCCACCGUGCUGUCCGUCACCAUGGCCAUCGGCUCCCACCGGCUGUCGCAGCAGGGCGCCAUCACCAAGCGCAUGACCGCCAUCGAGGAGAUGGCCGGCAUGGACGUUCUGUGCAGCGACAAGACGGGCACCCUCACGCUCAACAAGCUCACCGUCGACAAGACGCUCAUCGAGGUGUACGGCAAAGGGAUAGACAAGGACACGGUGCUCCUCUACGCCGCCAGGGCGUCCCGCGUGGAGAACCAGGACGCCAUCGACACGUGCAUCGUCGGCAUGCUCGCCGACGCCAAGGAGGCCCGCGCCGGCAUCCAGGAGGUGCACUUCCUCCCCUUCAACCCCGUGGAGAAGCGCACGGCCAUCACCUACAUCGACGGCAAGGGCGACUGGCACCGGAUCAGCAAGGGCGCGCCGGAGCAGAUCAUCGAGCUGUGCCGGAUGCCCAAGGAGGCCGAGAAGAGGGUCCACGGCCUGAUUGACCAGUACGCCGACCGGGGCCUCCGGUCGCUGGGCGUGUCGUACCAGGCGGUGCCGGCCAAGAACAAGGACAGCCCCGGCGAGCCGUGGCAGUUCGUGGGGCUGCUGCCGCUGUUCGACCCGCCGCGGCACGACAGCGCGGAGACGAUCCGGCGCGCGCUGCACCUGGGCGUGAACGUGAAGAUGAUCACCGGCGACCAGCUGGCCAUCGGCAAGGAGACGGCGCGGCGGUUGGGCAUGGGCACCAACAUGUACCCGUCCACCACGCUGCUGGGCGACAAGAGCACAGAGAUGAGCGGGCUCCCCAUCGACGAGCUGAUCGAGAAGGCGGACGGAUUCGCCGGGGUGUUCCCGGAGCACAAGUACGAGAUCGUGAAGCGGCUGCAGGACCGGAAGCACAUCUGCGGCAUGACCGGGGACGGCGUGAACGACGCGCCGGCGCUGAAGAAGGCGGACAUCGGGAUCGCGGUGGACGACGCGACGGACGCGGCGCGGUCGGCGUCGGACAUCGUGCUGACGGAGCCCGGGCUGAGCGUGAUCGUGAGCGCGGUGCUCACCAGCCGCGCCAUCUUCCAGCGGAUGAAGAACUACACCAUCUACGCCGUGUCCAUCACCAUCCGGAUCGUUCUCGGGUUCAUGCUGGUGGCGCUGCUGUGGAAGUUCGACUUCGCGCCCUUCAUGGUGCUCGUCAUCGCCAUCCUCAACGACGGCACCAUCAUGACCAUCUCCAAGGACCGCGUGAAGCCGUCGCCCACCCCCGACUCGUGGAAGCUCAAGGAGAUCUUCGCCACCGGCGUCGUCCUCGGCACCUACAUGGCCCUCAUCACCGUGCUCUUCUUCUACCUCGCCCACGACACCGAGUUCUUCCCGGAGACGUUCGGGGUGCGGUCGAUCCGGGAGAACGAGAAGGAGAUGAUGGCGGCGCUGUACCUGCAGGUGAGCAUCAUCAGCCAGGCGCUCAUCUUCGUGACGCGGUCGCGGAGCUGGUCGUUCGUGGAGCGGCCGGGGGCGCUGCUGGUGAUCGCCUUCUUCGUGGCGCAGCUGCUGGCGACGUGCAUCGCCGUGUACGCCAACUGGGAGUUCUGCAAGAUGCAGGGGAUCGGGUGGGGGUGGGGGCUCUCCAUCUGGGCCUUCACCGUCGUCACCUACAUCCCGCUCGACAUCCUCAAGUUCAUCAUCCGCUACGCCCUCAGCGGCAGGGCCUGGAACAACAUCAACAACAAGACGGCCUUCACCAACAAGAACGACUACGGCAAGGUGGAGAGGGAGGCGCAGUGGGCGACGGCGCAGAGGACGCUGCACGGCCUCAACCAAGGCAGCAGCAACUCCGACAUGUACACCGACAACAACGGCUACCGCGAGCUCUCGGAGAUCGCCGAGCAGGCCGCCAAGCGGGCCGAGGUGGCCAGGCUCAGGGAGCUGCACACGCUCAAGGGCCACGUCGAGUCGGUCGUCAAGCUCAAGGGGCUCGACAUCGAGACAAUAAACCAGAGCUACACGGUAUGAUCGUCGACGAACCUCCUCCUCGUCGUCGGCGAUAGGCAGGGCAGCGAUAUCUACACCUCUAAGUUCUUUGGCCCCCCUCCGCCUCCCGCCGGGAGGCUGGAGCGGGGAAGAUUGGUUCAGAUUCUCAGGGUUGGUUUUUUUUUCUUUGACCUAGAUGUUAAGAAGUUGUUGGCUUUAUUUGUAUUUUUCAGUGGGGAGGGGGAAGAAGAGUGCCCUCUCUUCAGUAUGUAUAGGAGUACGGUUUUGAGUUUAUGCCAGACCUUUUUGGUUCUUUUGCUUGUAAUAUGUUAGCGUGUUGUGUGGAAUAAAUACUCACUCGUACAAGGAAAGUGAAACUUGUUCAAACAUACUCCCUCCGUCCUAUAAUAUAAGAGCGUUUUUUACACUAGUGUGUUUUCGACACUACAUUAGUGUCAAAAACACUCAUAUAUUAUAUUAUGGGACGGAGGGAGUACUUGCCUAAGCAAACCCCAGCAGACAAUGUAAUCCAGCAAUUUCAUCGCUCGAGAUGGUCAACAAAAGAGACAGUUUAACAGAGCAAAACCGGCGGAAAGAAGACCCCGAUCAAGAAGGUUAGCAUCGCUUAAAGACACUAGCUACAGAGCAAUCUAAAGGAACGGGGUAUAGAGAAAGCAAAUUUGCUAGACAUAGCUAAAGGUGAACAGCCAUGGCUUGUCUGAUGAUUCAAAAUAGAAGAGCUAAAGGUGAACGGUGGCAUUCAUUUAACAUUCAUAAUUAUCAACAGACAGCCAUAAAAUGCAACUAAACAGAACGAAGAACAGCAAAAUUGUAAUACUUCAAGUGAUCGUCAUUCAACACGGUACAUAUGAUGAACAGUCAUGAACUGUCAAAUGCACACACAAACAAAUCAGGGAUGCUUAAACCAUGAAGAACACUAUACAUAUAAGCAGAUGGAUCAGUGAUGAUUCAACAUAGAAGACUCAUUCUAGUAGCACGCAAAGGCAGACUGGGUAUUCCAACUUUGCACAAUAACUACAAGUAACAGGAAUCCUAGACAAAAUCAGUUGGCUCAACGUGUGUUCAGAAACCAAAACUACAGAACCUGUGGCGUUUCUCUGACGCUAGGAAGACUGUAUUUAAGACACUAGCUCAUAAUACUAUAGCUCAUAUUUUGGUCACAGCCGUAAGCUCCAGCUAAAUUUGAAAAUACAUCAGCUCCUCCUAUAGGGGAAAUAUAGUUUGUACCGACUAGACAGAGGCAUGGCUCUGAGGUACUCCUAUCACUGUACAUAAUUUAUCAGCAAAACUAUAGCUAAUCAGUAUGUCAAUUUGUACAACUCAAACAGCAAGUCAUAAUACAGUACUCAAAACUGUAAUUGAGUUGGUAACUGGCAAGCGAAGGCAUGGUUAAACCAGAAGUGAACUCCAAACUGUACUACACGCCAUGUAUCUGAAGCAUGGAUAGACUAUCUGUGAACUCACAGCCAUACACUCUACAUGUAAACAGGGUUACAAAAGCUGACCCUGCUUACAAAAUAUAAACCAACUACGUUAAACACAUGCUGGUAGGAAAAAAAACCUCAUGUCAGAACUUACAGGGACAUGAAAUACCUUAGUAGUUAGUGCAAAUCAAGAAAACAAUCAUCAAAUCACAUCCCUCUCUCUCUCUCUCUGCUAAGUGGUCUGCAACAACAUAUCUCCAGAAAAAACCCAACUAACACAAACAUAAACUAGAUAGCAUGACUAGCAGCCAGUUCACUACAAUUACCAUGCCCUUUGGCAAUAACAAUGGCACGACACAAACAGACAUACACAGAAAUAACCAUCAGCACAAUACAGUAGACCAUUCGAACCAAAAUUAAGCCAUGGAGACAAAUUUAACAAGGGUGGCAUAUAGCAAAGGUUCUUUACUUGGCACAGCAUGGUAACAUGAGUACACCAGAGUACAAGCAAUAUCCUCAUAACACGACGAAAUUGAUAACAGAGACAUAUCCUGGAAUCACUUCCUAGCUUGCAUAACAAACACUGAAACGUCCAUAAAACAAAA